AUGAAUUCAGAUUUGAGAAGGAAAGUUUUUCUUGGACAAAAUAAGCAAGAGACCUUUAUGAUCGACAUCGAAGAGAUUGCAAGCAAUCAAAGGCAAUUCAAGAAUGAGCAAAUCGGGAAUAAAUCUUUGUGCAAGAAGAUGAAGAAAGCGUAA